CUACUGGUGGCCAUGCUGGCUGCUCACCUCUCAACCCCAUCAUAACUUCCACAUCUCUCGCUAUCCUCUCCGUCGCCAUGUCCGAUCCCAGCGCGGCAGCACCGGCCGAGCAGACCUUCAUUGAUUUGAAGGUUCUGUCUCCUUCCACCGAGGUCGAUGGCGACAUGUUCUUCAAGCAACUUCCGGCGUCAACGACGGUGGCAGAGCUGAAGCUCAAGAUCAAGGACCAGAUUGCCGCGAAGCCCGCGGUGGAGCGUAUGAGGCUGAUCUAUAGAGGGCGGGUCAUGGCAAAGGAGUCGGACACUAUGACCGAUGUAUUCGGCCGCGAUGAGAUCCGCGCCUCAAGUGAACAGAGCUUGCAUCUUGUCCUCCGCGAAUUCGCCCAUUCUUCGCAUCCUCAUAACCCCAGUAGCACUUCCUCCACGCCGAUACCCCGAAAUUCAGUAACUCCAGCUCCUCGCUCUUCCACCGUGCCUCCCCAGAACCCUUUCCGAACUGGUCCUCCUUCCCCCGCACUUGGAGGCCCGACCCCUCCACCUCAAACGAAUCCCUUCAGGGCUCCAGCUCAAGGCCGUCAACCCGUACAGCCACACCAGAACCACGUACAUCACAUGCGUCAUCACCAUAACGCGUUUCCUCACCUACAACCGUUUCCAUUCCCAAUGAACGGCCAGCCAGGAGUGCCGCCACAGCUACCCAUUCCGCCUGAGCUUCAGAACCUCCUCCAGCAGCAGGCACAGCAGCAAGCGCAAGCAGCAGGACAGCUCGGCACUAACCAGGCUGGGCCUCAGCAAAAUGGGCAGACUCCACCCGAGCAGCAAAAUGGGGCGGAAUCAGGGACGCAAACCAACGCCAGAGCACCAGCUUCAAGGAAUGCUUUCCAAGAUUACGUAGCUCGGCAGCAACAGCAGAGAGCCGCUACAGGUUCCCCUGGCGCCGGAAUCAAUGGAGCUAAUGCUACCCCAGGCGACAACAGGGAACCGGGGAAUGGAACACCGCCAGGAUUACCUUUUGGUGCUAUACCUCCAAACACUUCUAGCACGAUCAGACACGAAGGCAUAGGUCCAAACGGACAGCGCUGGACUAUGACCGUCAACAGCACUAAUGUUACCACUGGCCCUGGCCAACAACCUCCUAACUUCGGCCGUGCAUUUCCCCACCCUCCCCAUAUGCCCCUGCCUCCGUUUAUGAACGGACGGAUUGGAAGUCCCAAUCCCAAUAGACAGAUUUAUUCAAAUAUGGACCGAGACCUGGCCAGAAUUCGAUCAAGUCUACAAGCAGCCCAGCGGGAAAUGGAAAACAUUAGGUUGCUUAUAAAUGCCGACUCUGGGGAACUUACGUCAAAUCUCACGACUACAGGCUCGACUACUCCAACCUGGCGGCACGGAACAGUUCGACAACAUAUGCAGAACCUUCUCGGCAAUCUGGACGAGUUGCAGACCGCAUUAAAUUCCCUUGUCGCCGAUCCCCAAUUGGCGCGUAACAGGGAUAUAGUCUCUCUACAAAUGUUGAAUAACAGCUUGAGACAACAAGCAGAUGGUCUAGUUGAAAGCAUCGAUCGCCUCCAAGAGAAUGUGGAGAAUUCUCGAGCUACAAAUACGAAUGGCGCCACAGACACUAGUUCUACCUCGACUCCCACCCAAGCCAAUCCCUCGAAUCUGCCCCAGCCGCCAGCUUCGACUGGAACAAGUGCCCAGACACCAGCCACCGCACCCGGCCCAGAACUAUUCCUCCUCUCUGGCCCUCAAGGACCCGUCGGUCUUCUCUUCGACGAAAGGGGCACUUACACGACUGCUCCAUUUUCUCCAACACUCCCUUUCGAUACGUUCAACCAGCAAUUCAAUGCGAAUCGCCAAGUUCUUGCGGGCUUCGUGAACCAAGUUGCCCAAGUAUAUCAACAACAGCCCGCUACCAAUCCUGCCCAAGGUCAGAACCAGCAACCUCAAAAUGCAAACCAAAACCCUGCCACACAACCCGGUCAGCCUGCCGCACAGCAGGCACAACCAGGUCAGGCGGCAGAGCCUCCGGCAAACGGUAUCGGAGUCGCAACUCAUUUCUGGCUUCUCUUCAAGCUCAUCGCUUUCAUUUACCUCUUCGCUGGUGGUACUGGCUGGCGCAGACCGGUCAUGAUGGGCAUUACCGGCAUCAUCGUGUAUCUCGCGCAACUGGGCCUUUUUGAGAAUCAGUUUGACAGAGUGCGCAGACAUUUUGAAGCACUUCUUCCUCUUGCGGAGCGCGAGGUUGGUCCUGGCCAGCGACCGAGGCCGGAGGCUGCUCAAGGCGGGGACUCGCGCCGUGCCCCUACGCCCGAAGAGACUGCCCAGCGAUUGAUAAGAGAGCACGAAGAGCGGGAAAGAGGGUGGAUGCGGGAAAGAAUAAGAGUCGUGGAGCGCGCGGUUGCGCUUUUCGUGGCGAGUCUUUGGCCCGGGCUGGGUGAGAGGAUGGUGAGGGCGAGAGAGGAGCGAGUUGCGGCGGAACGAAGGGAGGAAGAAAGGCUAGCGGCAGAAGAGCAGGCGAAGGCUGAAAGAGAAGCCAAGGAAAAGGAGGAAGCCGAGGGCGAGAAGGCCGAGGGCGAAGGCAUUGGAGAGGCGGGCGAGGCCAGUGGCAGUGGCAAGGGAAAGGAAAAGGCCAUUGUCCCGGAAGCUGGAGAGGCUUCUGGGUCCGAGGCGCUGCAUACGAGAGAUGAGGAGGUGGUUCGAUGAAGCACAUUUUGAGCGUUUUCCUUCUUCUAGCUUUGGCAGCGUUUUAAGGGUGUUUAAUGGCUUGAAAUCAUUGAUAUCAUGCUUUACAAGCAGUUGGAGAGGGAUGUAUCAUAGGAAGGAUUUCUUCGUGUAGCACACUUUCGGCCCUCGCGCUAGGUUUAUUAUGGACAUAAGUUUUGAAGUCUUCGUAAAUGCCAUAACGCGAACUACACGUU